UGGAAAAUUCGUGCACACAUCGUAUCACUGCGCUUGUGAUUAACCGACAAAUUAAUUUAGACUUAAUUAAAUACAAUAAUUGCGAUUAGAAACGGGUUUAAAACCAACGAGUCGAGGAGACAAAAUACAAAAGGCUCUGGAACGAUUACGAGUGGCCAAACGACAAGUAGCAGAGUGGGAGUGGCAAGUGGGACGUUGGUUGGCGGCGCGCAUUUCUUAUUGGGGUAAAUGCAAACUAACAAAAAACUAAAAAAAAAAAACGUUUAUAAAUAAACCAAAACAACAACAAUUUGUGCGUUCAGCAUCUUGUGGUGAAUGUGGUGGCGCUGGUGCUGGCUGUGCCUGAAAAUGAUCUACAAACUAUUUUGCUGCACAAUUAGUCUGGUCUUCUUCUGCUUCAAUGUGCUGUGGUUCUUCUGCAAUUUGGCCAUUCCCUGGUGCACCCUGACCCUGGUGGCCAUUUGUGUGGCAUCAAAGUUCGUCAAGCUGCAGCGCAGCCCCAAUGAGAAGCGUUUGCUUAGUCUGCUGAAUACACCGGACGAUUGGCCCAAUUACUGGCCCAUCGCGAAUCGAGGCGCCGGCUACGAUGCGCCCGAGAAUUCGCAGGCAGCUGUCAAAAAGUGUCUGGCACGUGGCUACCGAAAUGUCCUGCUGGAUGCCGGCAUUACGGCCUGCGGCGAAAUAGUUAUUGCCAAUCGCCUGACCUUGGAGCGAGCCGGCCUCACGGGCAACCUCUCGCAUCACACACUCCAUGAACUGCAACAGCUGAGCAUAACGGAGCAGCAUCCAAUGGGCUCGCAGUAUGAUCGGGAGUCGGUGUCCACGUUGAGGCAAUUAGCGGACUUUCUGGAGGAGCAGAACAUGCCGCCCACUUUGUUUCUCCAUUUGCAGGACACCAGCGCACUGAUGAUUGAUCAGCUGCAGAAGUUUAUGGCAGCGAAUGAGACGUUUACGCAACGAACCGUUGUGAUUAGUCGGUCGCCCUUGGCCAUUUACCAGCUGCGUAAAUUGAGGCCUGAAAUCAUUUGCGGCCUGUGGCACGAGAGCUAUUUAUCGCUGUCCAUACUCAAAUCGUCAACGCUUAUUACCUCAAUUUAUGGAGCAAUUUUGAGAAACAUAAUUGCGCCUGUAAUUGGCAUUAGUGUUGUAUUUCUCAGCAAGGAAGAGUUCAAUUUGCACAUAGGCGAUCUGUGGCGCAAUGUGGGCGUACGUCCAAUUGUUUAUAUGGUGAAUUCGCCGAACGAGAAGCGCUAUUUCCAGAAGACAAUGAAAACACAAUACCUCACGGACUCUCUGCGCUCCGAGCCGCAUCUCUUGAUGAAGGCCUAAAAAAUACCGAACGACGCAAACAAAAUUCGAAGUUGAGAGCAAAAAACAUGCGCGCACAAAGCACACACAAAUCAUUUGCAUUUAUGU